AUGCCUCUAGGGAUCCUCGAGCCCAGAGCGAAAAAAGUACCAGGAACAGCGAAUGUAUUGGACCAAGAAUGGAAACGAGACCCCACGUUGAAGCGAGACAAGACUGGCAACAUCAUCCUUGUACCGCAACCAAGUGAAGAUCCAAAUGAUCCUCUGAACUGGCCGCUAUGGCAAAGGGAUCUGAUACUAUUGCUUCUUUGUGUCGUCGCCGCUAUUGCAACAACGGCAUCACCGUUAGUCGCCGCAAACUCUGUUGUCCUGGCCGUGGUCUUCAAAGUCAAGUUUCAGGAAGCUGCACUACUGACCGCAUAUCAUCUCUGCGGUGUUGGUGUUGCUAGCUGGCUCUUCGUUCCGCUGGCUAGGGUAUGGGGUAAACGACAUGUCUUCCUCGUCGGCGCUCUACUCAUGACCGCUGCAUCGGCGUGGGGUGGCUCGACGCAAAGGACUUUGAACUACAAAAGCCUCAUCUGGGCAAGGAUCUUUCAAGAAAUCGCACUCGCGCCUUUUGAGUCUCUGGUGAAUGAUGUUGUCGGCGAUCUGUACUUCGUGCACGAACGAGGCUUCCGCAUGGCAUUUACCAAUGUCUGUUUAUUCGGAGCUGCCUUUCUGACUCCAGUCUGUGUCGGGUUCAUAACAUCCAGCAACUCUCUAGGCUGGCAAUGGUCCUUCUACUUCCUCUCCAUCUUCAUGGGCGCCGGCUUUGUCCUCCUCUUCCUCUGUUUCCCAGAAACCGCGUACCAACGACCCCGCUACCUCCAACUCGACAUCAACGUCGGCCCAGUCCCCUUCCACGAUCCCACCCCUGCACCGCCCAAACACUCUUUCCUCCACCGCCUCGCCCCUUUCAGCGGCCGCAAAACAGACGAAAGCUUUUUGAAACUGCUGUUUCGACCUUUUCCACUGUUCUUGCAGCCAGCAGUGGCUUGGGGAUGUCUAAUGCAAGGCGUGAUUAUCGGCUGGACCGUCAUCGUAGGCGUAAUCCUCGCAUUGAUAUUCCUAGGUCCACCUCUCUUCUUCACCGAAGAGCAAGCAGGAAAUAUGUACACGGCAGCUUUCAUCGGCUCGAUGAUCGGUCUGGUUCUCGCAGGCGUGUACACCGAACUCGUUACUCGAUUCCUGAUUCUGCGCAAUGGAGGCCAAUACGAGCCGGAAUUCCGCAUUGCACUUGUGAUUCCCACAUUGCUGUUUUCUGGCAUCGGACUGUAUGGUUUUGGUAUCGCGGCGUCAGAUAUUGAAAAAUAUGGCUGGCUGGUCAUUGAAGUCUUUCUCGCCUGCAUAACCAUUUCGAUGGUCAUGGGUGCCACGGCAUCAGCUCAGUAUCUGCUCGACGCCCAUCGCGAUAUCGCCAUCGAGACAUUUACCUGUCUGAUCAUAUUCAAGAAUCUUUUUUCAUUCGUGUUGGCUUAUUAUGCCUAUCAGUGGGUUUUGGAGAGAGGGUUCCAGAGAAUGUUUGUGAUUUUUGGGAGUAUUGAGGUGGGUAUUUGUUUGCUUGGUAUUCCUAUGUAUGUGCUUGGAAAGAGGAACAGGGAGUUUUUCUACAGGCAUGAUAUACUCAAAUUGGCGAGAUUGAGGUAG